UGUGCGCCUGCAAUCACCGCCCUUGUGGAUGACCCCAGGUGCCUGAUUCAGAAAUGGUGAGUAACAACAAUUUAAUCUUCAGAUAAAUCAAUGUGUCCAUCACUACUCCGUAUGCCUCUGUAUUUGUUUGCACUGAUUCAUUAUGAAAAUCUCUGUUUUGAGCGUUUUGCCUCCUGUUUUUCCUCUCCUUAUGCGCUUGUCUUCUCUAAACAUCUUGAGUGUCUUUCCAUUUUCCUGUGAUUUUUCUUCUCAUUUUUCUCUUUUCACCGCAGCAUUAAUCAUCAAACUUCACAGAGAUGCUAAAAAAUCCUUUUUUACUUCUUGUUCCAUUUAAAAACAUUAAAACUGAACAGAUUCUUCUUAAAAUUAACACACAAAUAGAUGCAUACCUUUGACUUCUUUCAUGCACACCACUCUGAUAUCCUGUAGAUGCGUGAACACACAAAUACAAGCAACGGCAUGCACACACUCACAUGCAUAUCAGGUUUCAUUGUGUCAAUACAGCCCGCACACACACACACACUCACACACAAAUACACACACACACACUCGUGCAAACAGGGUUGUCUGUGCAGAAGGUCCGGUGAAAUGGCAGCACUGUUGGCCGACACGCUCUCCAGUGUCGGUAAAUACUCACGUCUUCUUCUGCAUCCGUGUUCAGGAGGGAGCUGCUUUAGCACCAGGAUGAAUUUUCAGCUAAAUGUUGCAAAAAAAUGUCCUUUUUCUCUUUAGGGUGUAUCUGCAAAGACUGAAAACAGUUUGAGUUUGAAAGAAAAGGCAGAAAAUGUGUCACAUCUGCAGGAAUCAGAAAAAUUCACACUGUCACACGAUGAACCGUGCUUUAAAUAUAAUGUCAUGUUUUUAGGAUUUGUAGAUCUGUGAUAAAUCAAAAUGAUGUGACGUAGGUUAACAACUAAAUGGAAAUACCUUAACGGAUAAAAAAGGAGUGCUUAAUGUGUGUCUCUAAUCUGCUCAGUGUAAUAGGUGUCCAUCACUGAAGCAUUAACAAAAUGGCAAAGUGCCAGAGAGAAACAACUGAGUGUACGUUUCCCCUCAAAAGCUGACUUCACAUGUCCGAAACGCCGUCAUUAUUAAUGUUAAAUUAUUGAUCAGGAUCGAUGCUGCAGGAGAACUUACCUGGAACAUGUGGACUUAUUGGUAAUGUGGAAACGAGGGGAGUGCAUGUGUGUGGGAGAAAUGAUGGAUUGGUGCAGCAGCAGCAGCAGGUUUCAGCUGAGCUCAGAGGAGAAAAAUACAAGAUGUGUCAUUUUCAGGUGGAAAAAAUGUUUAUUUCGCUUCUUUUCUGAUUGAAUCUGAUGAGAAUUUAAAGAAAAUGUGUUCGAGGUUCACUUCAGCAGCUGUCUGUACGAAGUUAUCCUGCUGAAUUUUUCAUUUUUUAAAAUCAGAAUCAGAUUUAUGGGCAAAGUAAGUGUGCACAUACAAGGAAACUGUCAUCUCUGCACAUGAAAUAUGAUACACACACGAGCCUACGUUUGACGUUUAACACUUCACUAAUAUGCACAAGACUUUAAAACGAUAUAUAAGUCUAUUUCUUUUAAAUAAGGGCUGAAACCAGCUUGUUCUAACAAAUCUGCUGGUUAAAUCACUGCCUCUAUAAAAGGUCGAUAUCAGUUUGAAAUCUUUCAAUACGCGAGAGCUCAAGGAGACAUCGAGUUACGUAAAACCAAAACCAGAACGAUCAAACGUUUCAUAAAAAUACCAAAUUUAAAAAUCCAGAAAGAUGCACAUUUUUAAUUUUGACAAUUCAGGGACAUUAAAAAACAUGAAUCCCCUAAAAAAUUUGCAGUUUAAGUUUCUUUUCUUUAUUUUGUCCCUGCAGGUCUUUGUUAAACGGCGAUAUUUCACAUUAUUAACAGACUCAAAGGAGUUUAGACUUCAUUUCAUCUGCUCACUCCUCCUCAUCAGUUACAUGCUGACAGCUGAACCUAAAAUCACACCAGAGUGACUCGAUGAGAGCUCAUCAGUGUGUGUUUCUCUCUCUCUGUUCCUGCACACAGGGUCGUCUCCUUGGGCCUUGGAUCACACAGUUUGUCCUGGCAGAUCAACACAGACACCGACCUCUGACCCUGCAUCCAGCCUCACUAUCUUCGUCUCGUCCUUUCUCAAGAACAUCUGGAUCCCAAACGCUGAUUCCAGACCUUCUUAGUUUGCACAAAACUGAUUCAAGGUAAAAAACAAAAGGAAAUGUGUGAACUUGUGUCGUCCGUGCUCAAAUAUUCAGCUGCUGCAAAUACAGAAGCAACAGGAUGAGUUUACGACCCCUGUUUCCAAAAAUAACGAGGGAGUCCUGCACAGAUUAUUGAGGUAAUUGAGAUAAUAACUCCAGCAGGGGGACUUGUCUUUAAAUGCGUUUCUCUCCACCAUGACCUGAGCUGAUUGUUUGUUGACAGGCUGCCAACACGCUCAUUUAAUCUCCACCAGCUCGAGGAGAAGGCCGCUCAGGACGGCCUGUUCUGCUGCGACUCACGUACACACAGACCCCGGCCUUCAGCUGGGAGACACGAGAGCUGAGGACACGCUGAGUUUCGACAGAGGGGGUGCGCAGGACUUAAAAGAAAGCUCUUUCAGCCCUCAGGACUCAGAUCAGACGUCAGCUCAAGGAGGCCACCUUGAGUACAUCCGGGAACACGUCAGGGAGCAGGAAAGACGAAGAUGAGA